AUGGUGGUUUUCAUGGGCAGGAACCUUUCCUCGCUUCUGGCUUUCUUCAAGAAGAAGGGCGCUACCAAGGGCGAGACUGAGAAGCGGCUGAGCGUGCAGUAUACGGCAGGCGAGGAAUGCCCCGACAACGUCUUCUUCCCCACCACGCGGCCCCCGCACCUGGAGGAGCUGCACAACCAGGCUCAGCAGGGACUGAAGUCCCUGCAGCACCAGGAGAAGCAGAAGCAGACCAAAAGUGCCUGGGACCACGGGGACACCAGCAGCCUCCAGUCCUGCGCAUCCUCGGAGGAUGACAGCGUGUCCUUCCGGAGCCAGACGGCCUCCUGUGCCACUGACAGCACCUCUGAGGACGCCCUCUCCAUCCGCUCCGAGAUGAUCCAGCGGAAAGGUUCCACCUUCCGACCGCAUGACUCCUUUCCCAAAUCCUCAGAGAGGGCUGGCAAGAAGAGGAAAGAAAGGAGGACGACAGUGCUGGGCAUCCCCCAGCAUGUCCAGAAGGAGCUGGGUCUCAGGAACAGCCGGGAAGCCAAGGGACACCCCGAGGCUGAUGGACGAGGGCAGGCAAGGCACGGGGGCAGCCAGCUGCCACAGCCCUUGCUGAACGGCGGGCAGGUCUCCGGCGACGCCAUCCGCAUCCCCACCAUCGACGGGAAGCUGCAGCCACUGGCUCUCUCCGGGGGUGCCCAUGUUCGCCUGGGAGCCUUGGAGGAGGCAGACACGGCCCUGCAGAAGCACAUCGACCGGGUUUACUAUGACGACACAUUGCUGGGGAGGAAGACGGCGGCCAAGCUGUCACCCAUGGUGAGGCCAAAGUCACUGGCCGUGCCGGGCAUGACCACCAACGCCACCCCCCCGGAGCUGCUGAGCCCCGUCAUGUCCAUCUCGCCCCAGGGCACCUACAUGUCUAAGAUCAUUCCCAACGCCAUCCUGCCGCCCAUGGUGGACGUGGUGGCCCUGACGCGGAGCAGCGUGCGGACGCUGAGCCGCUGCAGCCUGGUGUCGUCCAGCCCGGCCUCGGUGCGCUCCCUUGCCCGCUUCUCAGAGUGCAGCACCCGCAGCCGCGAGCCCUCCUCCUCCAGCGACAAUUGGAGCCACUCACAGUCCACGGAGACUAUCGUCUCCAACAGCUCCACCAUCUCCUCCCAGGGUGGCUCUGACCGCCGGCAGCCCGAGGCAGGACCUGGCCGGGCAUCCCCCGCCUACAGCAUGAGCAGCCAGGCGGAGGGCUCGGACACAGGCAGCCUGGCCAGCGAGCGCUCCUCCGCCCGCAGCGUCUCCCUCAGGAAAAUGAAGAAGCCCCCGGCUCCCCCUCGCAGGACCUACUCGCUGCACCAGAAGGCCGAGGGGGAGCCCAAAGUGCUGGGGCUGCCCCCCAAGCCCGACCGGCGGUCCCAGCGGGAGAGCAGCACGCCCUGGUCCCCACGCCCCGAGCCCUUCAGCCCCACGGCUGAGGAUGAGGUCUUCUCCCCGUCGUCGCUGAGCGAGACCAGCAGCCUCCGCUCCGAGAGCCUGGCCGGCGCCAGCUCCCCUGAGGCCUUGCGGAGCAGCCCUGGGGUGACAGUGGUGCUGAGGGAGCCCCAGGCUCAGCCCAAGUGGAGCUGCCCGGAUGGGUCUGACCGCACCAUGUCCCCUUCCAGUGGCUACUCCAGCCAGAGCGGGACACCCACGCUGCCCGCCAAGGGGCUGGGACCCCCAUCUGUAUCCCCGGGCAGGGCUCAGCCCCAGAAGCCGGACCGGGUCUGCUCCCUGCAGUCGCCUGCGCUGUCUGUGUCCUCCUCCCUCACCUCCAUCUCCUCCUCGGCCUCGGACCCAGCCCCCCCAGAGACGCUGCCCUGCCGCUCGGACCGGUUCAUCAUCCCACCGCACCCCAAGGUGCCCGCUCCCUUCUCCCCGCCACCCACCAAGCCCCAGCAGCCCACAGCCCCCGCCGGCCCCCUCGUCCCCUCGCCAGACCCACCAGUGCCCAGCACUGCCUGCCAGGAGCCCUUGGCCAAGCCCAGCGGCAAGUCUCCACCGCCAUCGCCGCCGCCUGCCUACCACCCGCCUCCUCCACCGGCCAAAAAGGUGGAGGGGACCCCCCAGGCCGCCAGCGAGACCCCCGCCGACACCGCCUGGCCCCCACCACCCCCGCCAGCUCCCGAGGAGCACGACCUAUCCAUGGCGGACUUCCCCCCUCCGGAUGAAGCCUAUUUCUCCAGCCUGCCUGAUGCCGCGCCGGCUCCGGUGGCCGGGCAGAAAGCGGCACCGAGCCCGGGGACUGCGUCGUCUUCGUUCUCGGCCGCCGUCUCCUCGCGCAGCCAGCAGCAAGGCCCUCCGGCUGGGGCACCGCAGCCGCCUUCCCCCGCCGCGCCCCCUCCCCAGGGCACCGUGCCCCCGCCACCGCCGCCACCUCUCCCCCCACCCUCGGCUCCGGCUCUGCCACCCCAAAUCAGCCUUAAGAAGGCGGCCAACGGCCCCCGGGCAGACGCCAAGAAGGAGCCGGUGUUGCGGAACAAGAGCGGUCCCGUGCCCAAGGAGGAUGCCAGCCUGCCCAUCGUCACGCCCUCGCUGCUGCAGAUGGUACGGCUGCGCUCCGUGAGCGUGGAGCCGCCCGCCACGGCCGGUACCGGUGCCGAGGAGCGGCCGGCACCCCAGAAGCCUGUCCGCCGGUCCCUGUCCACACGGCAGCCCCCUCCUGCCAAAGACGCGGUGCCUUCAAACCAGCUCCACCAUGCUGUGCACCUCAAGGCUGCCGCCUUGUCCUCUGGUGAGGCUGCGGAGAAGCCACCGGGCAGCAGAGCGGCUCUGCCCGGCUCCGAGGGGCCCCCCGGGGACGGCCAGCUCUCCCCCAGGAACAAGUCACCGGCCUCCACCGCCAGCUUCAUCUUCGCCAAGAGCUCUAGGAAGCUGGUGAUCGAGACGGCCUCGUGCCCCGAGGCACAGGCUGACCUGAAGAAGAACUUGGUGGCCGAGCUGAUGAAUUUCUCGGGGCAACGCUCGGCACAAGCCCACCGAAAACCUGGCAAGAUCCCCCCUCCGGUAGCCAAGAAGCCUUCGCUUGGCCCGGGGCCGGCUCCUUCCCCCCUGAACCCAAAGGCACCGGCGGCAGAGGCACUGGGCUCCCCCGUGCCAGAUGGGAAAGCCAAGGCAGUGCCAGCGGACGAGAGCAGGACUAAGAGUGAGCCGGCAGGAAUGGCGGCCCCGGGGAUGGAGGACAGGAGCGCCGCAGAGCCGCUGGCUCAGACCCUCCCUGCACAAGAUGGACGGGGAGAGACGGCCUGA